ACCCACGACAGUUGGUAACCCGGACCCACAUUAGAUCUGAGAGGUCAAGCGGAAGCGAACUACUGGAAUUGCAGUUUGGCCCACCCCCUUUCCUUACGCGGAUUGGUAGCUGCAGGCUUCCCUAUCUGAUUGGCCGAACGAACGCAGCGCGUAAUUUAAAAUAUUGUAUCUGUAACAAAGCUGCACCUCGUGGGCGGAGUUGUGCUCUGCGGCUGCGAAAGUCCAGCUUCGGCGACUAGGUGUGAGUGAGCCGGUACCCCAGGAGGAGCAAGUGGCACGUCUUCGGACCUAGGCUGCCCCUGCCGUCAUGUCUCAAGGGAUCCUUUCUCCGCCAGCGGGCUUGCUGUCCGAUGACGAUGUCGUAGUUUCUCCCAUGUUUGAGUCCACAGCUGCAGAUUUGGGGUCUGUGGUACGCAAGAACCUGCUAUCAGAUUGCUCUGUCAUCUCUACCUCCCUAGAGGACAAGCAGCAGGUUCCAUCUGAGGACAGUAUGGAGAAGGUGAAAGUAUACUUGAGGGUUAGGCCCUUGUUACCUUCAGAGGUGGAACGACAGGAAGAUCAGGGUUGUGUCCGUAUUGAGAAUGUGGAGACCCUUAUUCUACAAGCACCCAAGGACUCUUUUGCCCUGAAGAGCAAUGAGCGGGGAAUUGGCCAAGCCACACACAGGUUCACCUUUUCCCAGAUCUUUGGGCCAGAAGUGGGACAGGCAUCCUUCUUCAACCUAACUGUGAAGGAGAUGGUAAAGGAUGUACUCAAAGGGCAGAACUGGCUCAUCUAUACAUAUGGAGUCACUAACUCAGGGAAGACCCACACGAUUCAAGGUACCAUCAAGGAUGGAGGGAUUCUCCCCCGGUCCCUGGCGCUGAUCUUCAAUAGCCUCCAAGGCCAACUUCAUCCAACACCUGAUCUGAAACCCUUGCUCUCCAAUGAGGUAAUCUGGCUAGACAGCAAGCAGAUCCGACAGGAGGAAAUGAAGAAGCUGUCCCUGCUAAAUGGAGGCCUCCAAGAGGAGGAGCUGUCCACUUCCUUGAAGAGGAGUGUCUACAUCGAAAGUCGGAUAGGUACCAGCACCAGCUUCGACAGUGGCAUUGCUGGGCUCUCUUCUAUCAGUCAGUGUACCAGCAGUAGCCAGCUGGAUGAAACAAGUCAUCGAUGGGCACAGCCAGACACUGCCCCAGUACCUGUCCCGGCAAACAUUCGCUUCUCUGUCUGGAUCUCAUUCUUUGAGAUAUACAAUGAACUGCUUUAUGACCUAUUAGAACCGCCUAGCCAACAGCGCAAGAGGCAGACUUUGCGACUGUGCGAGGAUCAAAAUGGCAAUCCCUAUGUGAAAGAUCUCAACUGGAUUCAUGUGCAAGAUGCUGAGGAGGCCUGGAAGCUCCUGAAAGUGGGUCGUAAGAACCAGAGCUUUGCCAGCACCCACCUCAACCAGAACUCCAGCCGCAGUCACAGCAUCUUCUCAAUCAGGAUCCUACACCUUCAGGGGGAAGGAGAUAUAGUCCCCAAGAUCAGCGAGCUGUCACUCUGUGAUCUGGCUGGCUCAGAGCGCUGCAAAGAUCAGAAGAGUGGUGAACGGUUGAAGGAAGCAGGAAACAUUAACACCUCUCUGCACACCCUGGGCCGCUGUAUUGCUGCCCUUCGUCAAAACCAGCAGAACCGGUCAAAGCAGAACCUGGUUCCCUUCCGUGACAGCAAGUUGACUCGAGUGUUCCAAGGUUUCUUCACAGGCCGAGGCCGUUCCUGCAUGAUUGUCAAUGUGAAUCCCUGUGCAUCUACCUAUGAUGAAACUCUUCAUGUGGCCAAGUUCUCAGCCAUUGCUAGCCAGCUUGUGCAUGCCCCACCUAUGCAACUGGGAUUCCCAUCCCUGCACUCGUUCAUCAAGGAACAUAGUCUUCAGGCAUCCCCCAGCUUAGAGAAAGGGGCUAAGGCAGACACAGGCCUUGAUGAUGAUAUUGAAAAUGAAGCUGACAUCUCCAUGUAUGGCAAAGAGGAGCUCCUACAAGUGGUGGAAGCCAUGAAGACACUGCUUUUGAAGGAACGACAGGAAAAGCUACAGCUGGAGAUGCAUCUCCGAGAUGAAAUUUGCAAUGAGAUGGUAGAACAGAUGCAACAGCGGGAACAGUGGUGCAGUGAACAUUUGGACACCCAAAAGGAACUAUUGGAGGAAAUGUAUGAAGAAAAACUAAAUAUCCUCAAGGAGUCACUGACAAGUUUUUACCAAGAAGAGAUUCAGGAGCGGGAUGAAAAGAUUGAAGAGCUAGAAGCUCUCUUGCAGGAAGCCAGACAACAGUCAGUGGCCCAUCAGCAAUCAGGGUCUGAAUUGGCCCUACGGCGGUCACAAAGGUUGGCAGCUUCUGCCUCCACCCAGCAGCUUCAGGAGGUUAAAGCUAAAUUACAGCAGUGCAAAGCAGAGCUAAACUCCACCACUGAAGAGUUGCAUAAGUAUCAGAAAAUGUUAGAACCACCACCCUCAGCCAAGCCCUUCACCAUUGAUGUGGACAAGAAGUUAGAAGAGGGCCAGAAGAAUAUAAGGCUGUUGCGGACAGAGCUUCAGAAACUUGGCGAGUCUCUCCAAUCAGCAGAGAGAGCUUGUUGCCACAGCACUGGGGCAGGAAAACUUCGUCAAGCCUUGACCACUUGUGAUGACAUCUUAAUCAAACAGGUUAGGGCAAACUAUAUACCCACUUCUGUCCUACCAGCCCACUCCAGUGCAUAUGUGAGAAAGGAAAGAGGACCAGAAGAAAAAGGACCAGACUCUGGCUGAACUGCAGAACAACAUGGUGCUAGUGAAACUUGACCUUCGGAAGAAGGCAGCAUGUAUUGCUGAGCAGUAUCAUACUGUGCUAAAACUCCAAGGCCAGGUUUCUGCCAAAAAGCGCCUUGGUACCAACCAGGAAAAUCAGCAACCAAACCAACAACCACCAGGGAAGAAACCAUUCCUUCGAAAUUUGCUUCCCCGAACACCAACCUGCCAAAGCUCAACAGACUGCAGCCCUUAUGCCCGGAUCCUACGCUCACGGCGCUCCCCUUUACUCAAAUCUGGGCCUUUUGGCAAAAAGUACUAAGGCUAUGGGGAAAGAGAAGAGCAGUCAUGGUCCUGAGGUGGGUCAGCUACUCUCCUGAAGAAACAGGUCUCUUUUAUGCUUUACCAUAUAUCAGGAAUUAUAUCCAGGAUGCAAUACUCAGACACUAGCUUUUUUCCCACUUUUGUAUUAUAACCACCUAUGUAAUCUCAUGUUUUUUUUUUUUUAAUUUACUUAUAUGGUUUCUAUGCACACAAAAACAGUUAUAUUAAAGAUAUUAUUGUUCACA